CUGCGGCUGUGCAGUGAUGUCUCUCUCUCUCUCUCUCUCUCUCUCUCUCACACACACACACACACUCAUACUGUCUCGGCUGUUCACAUUCCCUGAUAGAAGUACCAAGAAAAUAAUCGUUCAUUGAUUCAUCGCAUCGGACAGCAUGGCCUCUGGUGUCACAGUCAAUGAUGAAGUCAUUAAAGUCUUCAAUGACAUGAAAGUACGGAAGUCCUCGACCUCAGACGAGGUGAAAAAGCGCAAAAAGGCAGUGCUGUUCUGCCUCAGCGAUGACAAGAAGAAGAUUGUCGUUGAGGAGGGCAAGCAGAUCUUAGUAGGAGACAUUGGAGAGACUGUUGACGACCCCUACGCCUGCUUUGUGAAGCUCUUACCUCUUAAUGACUGCAGAUAUGGCUUAUAUGAUGCCACUUAUGAAACUAAAGAGUCUAAGAAAGAAGACUUGGUAUUUAUAUUUUGGGCCCCUGAAGGUGCACCGUUAAAAAGCAAGAUGAUAUAUGCUAGCUCAAAAGAUGCCAUUAAGAAGAAGUUUACAGGUAUCAAACACGAAUGGCAGGUUAAUGGUUUAGACGACAUUCAGGACCGCUCAACCCUGGCGGAAAAGUUGGGAGGAAGUGUGGUUGUAUCGCUGGAGGGGAGACCAUUGUAAACUGAACAGCCAUGUGCCAUCUGGAUUCCACACGCUUUCAUCUUAGCAGCUGUCUCUAUCAUUUGAUCCCGAAGGAAUAGUCCUAGUUUGUUCCCUUUUUCUUUCUUUUUUUUUAAGUUUUUUUUUUUUUCAACAUUAAGGAGAUCUCAUUAACAUAUGACAUUAAAAAAAAAACAUUAACGUAACAUAACACACACACAAAUCUACCAGCUGAAUGCCAGCUUACUUUUGCAGUUUGUGGUAAUUUUUGUACGUCCCCGAAGAACGUUCUGUCUCCCUCUGUGUUUUGCCAAACAACAGUAGAAAGCUUGGAUGAUCACAAAUAUUAACCAGCAAACACUAAGUUGAUAUCUUUAUGUAUUUUCAGAGAUAUUCUAUUAUGCUGUAAGAGAACUAUAUGAUAAUGCUGUAUGUUAAUGCCUCACAGCAAUGCAUUAACCAGUGACAAGCACUUUACAAGUCUGAAACUAUUUAUUUGAACUCUUCUACCUAAUCUGGCUCAUUUGACAUGGAAAACACGUUAAUUUUAUGCAGAUAAACAAAGCACUUUUCGUUUUUACACCAUCAAUUGAAGGAGGACUUUCUGUCUGGAAUUUCUGUGUCUGUCAACCCGGAAUAGAAGUUACCACAGCUUUCAUUCCUGUUACGCAUAUGGACAUAAACAGAUGGGUUUGAACUGUUCCAUUGCAGCCUUUGAUUCAAAUGCACCACAGAACAUGAAGGCCUAGCUGCUUGGAAUGUUUUUUUUUUUUUUUCUAUUAUUUUUUUUUAACACUACAUGAAAAUACAAUAUUAUCUGUAAUGAUGGCAAUAAUUGCAGCCUGAAGUGAAACUUUGUUUUUGAGAUCGAGGAAGGUGCCACUUUGAAAUAAAAUCUUGUGGCAGAA